UACUUGAAUGAGUUGCGGGAGAACUGUCUGGAGGCCUACACCGGCAUAGUUCAGGGCCUGAAAGGCGACGCCGAAGUGCCCAACCCUGAAGUCCAACUGAUCCAACAGCACAUCCAAUAUAUGGUGCACUUCGUGCUGACAAUCGCCAACGAUCCCGAGAUCACUGACUCGCUGAUCGCCGCCUGCGCCGGACUGUUGGGCGAUCUGUGCGCCGCCUUCGGUCCCGGACUCCUGGCACUCGUGGAGAACGAGCCCAUACACGUCAUGCUGACGAAGGGCAAGAAGUCGAAGAAUACAAAGACCCGAACGCUGUCCGGUUGGGCCAUCAAAGAGAUCCGCAAACUACGAGCGCCGGCGGGUGUGGUGGGCGUCACCGCUGGUCUGGUAAACAACGUGAUCGGCGCCACAGCAUCGGAGUCGUGGUCUGUAUCCCGAAGUGUUGACUAG